GAGUGGAGAAAGAGGAAGUGUAUGAGGUAAACUGUGCUUUGUGACAAGACAAAUCUCCAGAGAAGUUCAGACAGGAGAAUAGUUGUACAUCUGUGAUGGCAAAGGUAAGGGCUUUUCUGUAUUUACCUGUGGAGUUUUGUGACUUAAGUGCAAUUGAUAAGCACAACUUAGAACUUCUUUAAGUCAAAACCAACAUUGUGCAGCAACAGUGUUUGAAAGAUGUUUGUAGUUCAGUUCUAUUUUGUUUCACAAUAAAUGCGUUGUUUUGUUUUUAACACAAUCCAAAUGUAAAAAGUCAGAUUGAAAGUGAAAGGUAUGGAAUGGCGAGGCUCAGUGUCAACAGCCGAAACAUGUCUCGUCCAACUGGAUAGACGAGGCAAUUACAUCCAGGGCUCGCUCUCCACUGCAAAAUAAAACCAAACAUAUUUAGGCAUAUUUAAAACUAUUGCAUUGAUAACAUUAUACUUAAGAUAAUUGAAGUGCCGGUGUGCAUUACACAUGAUGCAAAUUAGUCUGCAAGUCAUCCGAGAAGGGUACAAUUUGGCCCGCAAUUCAGGUCAUUCCUGCUUCUUGAACCCCUCUUUAUACUUCUAUUGUCCAUAUUUAAGCUAGGACUCCAGUACGGAGGCGCUGCAGUACAGUUGUUGGUGGAAAUGUACCAUAACGUUGGAUGACAACCGCCAAUAAACCCCACAGAAGAAGAGAUGAGGGUAACAAGGCCGGUAGACAGUGUCUUUCGCCCCCACCUGUCGGGCACUGUUUUCCCGCAGUUCUGUUAACGACAACAAGGGCAGGUGUUAGCAAAGGACACUGGGUACUAGCUAGUUAGAUACAAAGCAGGCGUGGUAGCUAGCUAGCUAACGUUCAUGCAGGAACCAAUGUGAUGCUCGAGGUGGGAGAGGCGUUCCUGCAUAGGCAGGAAUGCCCACAUGCAGGAACGCCCUGAAUUGCAGUCCGCAGUCACAUACUAUUGAGUCAUCAAGGAACAGUUAUUGUUUGAUGGGCAUAACCAAAGUAAAGAAUUAUCCCGGGGGUGAAUUACUUCAUGGUUAUGUAUCGUGUGACUUAAAGAAGAAGUUAUGGCAAGUUAUUGAAAUGUGGGUUUAUGUUAAACCUUUGUCUAUGACGUUAUGAUAUGUUCAUGGGAAAUUAUGCAUUAAUGGUAAAAAUGUGUAUUGGGGCUAUCAUGCUGGAACAUUCCUAGUGGAAGGGAGUUCCUGGAAAGAGUACUUAGGUGCUCAGUUGGUCUUUGCCUGAAGGAGAGCAGGCUGGGUAUGCAACAGGUUGGCUAGAGUAAUCAUACCUGAGUUUUAUUAUAGGCAAAGAGUUGUUUGUCCGAUCCGCCGCCUCGGCUUCUGUUUCACACCCACCCAUACAUUCUCCCCCCACAGCCUCCACCUCUGGUGCCCCGCCCCAGGAACAUCUGUAUGAGCACGCCUGAGGAAAGUGAGCCCCAGAGGAGAUGGCGCUACGGUCCCUCCUCUCCCUCAGACACAUCCGGCUCAGCGGUUGGUGGUGGCAGGGUAAGAGACUGUCCAUAAACAUAUGGAUUGGAUUCAACCAUUGACAACAUGGGACCUGGUCAAAAGAAGUGUACUAUAUAGGGGAUAGGGUGUCACUUGGGAUGCUAUUCCCUAUAUAGUGCACCACUUUUGACACAGCUAUUGACUUGCAUUCCUUACUAUUUAAACUGCAGUUUUAACUAUAGUAUGACUUACCUGACUUUAUCCUCUUGGCCCCCGGGGGAGCGUAGGGCGUCCACCAUGGCUCUCCACCACCUCACUCUCUUCUGAGGGACCUAUGGUGUGAAAUAUAUAUUGACUUGAAUUCCUUUCUAUUUGAACUGCAGUGGUAUGCUAUGGUGUACACUACAUAACUAUGGUGUGAAACUGUGUUAUUGUAAAUGUGACUUCUUAGAACCCAGGCACGGCACAGAAGCCGCCCCCUGCGGCCCAGAAUAAGUGGUCGGUGAGAAGGAGUCCUCCACAAGAAGAAGGUGGUUGUGACCCUCAGGAUGUGUCUGAAUUCAUUAAGAAGGCAUCUCAUCUGAUGCAGCAACACGCACUCUUCUCUUUAAUUUGCUCUCAUAUACAGUAAGAGUGAAUCCUAACACCCACCCAUACAUUCUUCACCCACUCCCCCCCCACAGCCUCCACCUCCAGUGCCCCACCCCAGGAACAUCUAUAUGGGCAAGUCUGAGGAGAGUGUGCCCCAGAGGAGAUGGAGCUAUGGUCCCUCCUCUCCCUCACACACAUCCGGUCCAGGGGUUGAUAGAGGCAGGGUAAGAGACUGUCCAUAAAUCAAUGGAUUGGAUUCAACCAUUGACAACCAGCCAGGUCACCCGUAAUACAAGUCAGUAUUCGACGUCCAUCCAUGUCUGAGGACGUCGGGAAAUUAAGUGGAAACGGCCACUAGGGGCAACAGUGAGCGACGUUACCUUCAAGUAGGUUACAGUUUUGCUAGGGUGUUGGGGAUGGCAGAUGGGCAUAAGCAUCUGCCUCUGAUUCCAAAGGGCCAAAGGCUGCAUGUUCGAAUCCAGCGAUAGAAAGUCGUUUUCUAUAUUUUUGUUUUAAGCCCAUCUCAAACCUUAACCAUUCUGAGUUAAUGCCUAACCUUAAGAAUUUGGAGUUAAUGCCUAAACUUAACCUUAAACAAUUCUAAAUUUGACGUUUUGAAGAACUUCGAAAUUUGAUGUUUGAGAAACAUGGAUGAACAUCUAAUUCUGACAUGAGACUGUGAGAGCUGGUAGUGACAUGGGUCCUGGUCAAAACAAGUGUUAUUAUUAUAUUAUUAUAAGUGUACUAUAUAGGGGAUAGGGUGCCAUUUGGGAUGCUAUUCCCUAUAUAGUGCACUACUUUUGAUGCAGCCAUUGACUUGCAUUCCUUACCAUUUGAACUGCAGUUUUAACUAUGGUAUGACUUACCUGACUUAAUCAUCUUUGCCCCCUUGGGAGCAUAGGAUGUCCACCAUGGCUCUCAACCACCUCACUUUCUUCUGAGGGACCUAUGGUGUGAAAUAUAUAUUGACUUGAAUUCCUUUCUAUUUGAACUGCGGUGGUAUACUAUGAUGUACACUAUAUACCUACCUACAGUGAAAAGAGUUUUGCUAGAAAUUGAAUGUUAAUUGGGGAGAGAUGAUGUUACUGUGUGUUGCUAAAUUACAGUGCCUUCAGAAAGUAUUCACACCCCUUGAUCUUUUCCCCAUUUUGUUGUUACAGCCUGAAUUUAAAACAGAUUACAUUUAGAUUUUUGGGGGUCACUGGCCUACACACAAUACCCCAUAAUGUCAAAGUGGCAUCAUGUUGUUCGAAACUUAAAACAAAUUAAUUAAAAAUGAAAAGCUGAAAAGUCUUGAGUCUAAGUAUUGAACCCCUUUGUUUAACAUUAUUAUGACUACAUAAUUUCUGUACCCCACACAUACAUUCCCCCGGGACUGCUGCACAGAAGAAAUAUCAGCGCGCGCGCAGAGAAGCACGAGAUUGAAUUUCACCCAACUUUCUAGAGUUUUCCCUGUUAGUUAACACUAUCAACAUGUCCCUUUACUGUGGGAAUUGUGAUCGAAUCAAUGCAAUAUUAGCCACUUUCAAUGCAACAUACCGAAACACAACUAACUAUGCAAGAGUAAAUGGCUUGUUUUGAGAUCAAGGCGAGAGGUACAUGUGUGCACAUUUGUAAAUGUGUUCAUAUCCUUUGCUAGUUAACUAGUUAUUAUCCCAGUUAUAGAUAAUUUGUAGUCAGCAAUGGGGGGUGAUUGCUUCCUACAAGAGCACAAAACGUGUGCAUUUAUAGACAUCUUUGAAAAGCUAGCUUUUCUUUGUCUUAAAGGGGCAGUGUUGUAUUUUGAGACAGGCUUGAAUAAGCUAAGGAGCCAAUAGGCAGAGGGUAGCAUCACUGAGAACAUUUCUGGUCUGCUGAGCGCAAACUUGAACAUUAGAAAAUUCUGUGCAACUUCCGGCGCACGUUUACUGUGAACACUAAGGCUGUACCCACUUUAGUUUUAACUGUGGUCAGUUAGGCUACUGUGGCUAUUUGAUUAUAAUGAAGGCCUACCAGAGUGGCCUACCAUCAAAAACAAUGGAGAAAAUCUAUCCCAUAACAUUUUAACAUGAAAAUUGCUGUUCUAUCGUUCAGCCUACAGUAGCAGCUAAUGUGUGGUGUUCAAUGUAGGCCUACAUUCCAUGAGACUUUUGGACAUUAACCUGUUCAUCCACUUGUCCUUCAGACAAGGAGGUGACAGAAAAUGUUGUUGUUUGAUGCAAGAAACCACUUUACAAAAUAAAAUGCAUCAUUAUUCCCAUACCAUUAUUACAGAGAAUCAGACCAAUUAUGCUGCCUAUUGGCUACUUGGCUGCUUCAAGCCUGUCUCAAAAUACAACACUGCCCCUUUUAAAGACAAAAAAAAGCUCUUUACCUGACUGGCUUUUCAAAGAUGUCUAGAAAUGCACACGUUUUUGUGCUCUUGUGGGAAGCAAUCACUCCCCCAUUGCUGACUACAAAUGAUCUAUAACUGGGCUAAUAACUCACUAACGAGCAAAGGAUAUGAACAAAUGUACAAAUAUGCACACGUCGCUACAUGUAUCUCAAAUCAAGCGCAUCUAUUCACGACCGCUUAUGCUGUAAAAACAGUCCAGUUCAAAGUGAAUGGCACAGAUCCAUAUAUGGCCAUGGUUUGUUUGCAUAUAGGCCUACUGCAGCUCUGAUUGGUUAUGGCGCACGGGUCUGUGUAGAGGAUGGGUCAUGCCUGUCAAUGCAAUAGAAUUCUACUCCGAUGCAUUCCGCCUACAACAAAAUCUCUUGCAUAGUUCGUUUUUGUUUCGGUAUGUUGCAUUGAAAGUGGCUAAUGUUGCGUUGAUUCGAUCACAAUUCCCACAGUAAAGGGAAACAUUGAUAUUGUUAACGGGGAAAACUCUAGAAAGUUGAGUGAAGUUCAAUCUCGUGCUUCUCUGCGUGGGCUGAUAUUUCUUCUGUGCUGCAGUACUGGGGGAGCAGGCAUGCAGCUUAGAGGGAAGUACAACACAUCACUGAGUACCACUCUUCUUAUUUUCAAGCAUGGUGGUGGCUGCAUCAUGUUAUGGGUAUGCUUGUCAUCGGCAAGGACUAGGGAUUUUUUUAUAAUAAAAAUAAAUGGAAUAGAGCUAAGCACAGGCAAAAUCUUAGAGGAAAACCUGGUUCAGUCUGCUUUUCAACAGACACUGAGAAACAAAUUCACCUUUGAGCAGGACAAUAACCUAAAACACAAGGCCAAAUACACACUGGAGUUGCUUACCAAGACGACAUUGAAUGUUCCUGAGUGGCCUACUGUAGUUUUGACUUAAAUGGCUUGAAAAUCAAUGGCAAGGGGUGUGAAUACUUUCUGAAGGCACUGAGAGUACAAAACAUUAUGAACACCUGGUCUUUCCAUUACAUACUGACCAGGUGAUUCCAGGUGAAAGCUUUGAUCCCUUAUUGAUGUCACUUAUUAAAUCCACUUUAGUUAGUGUAGAUGGCGGGGGGAGACAGGUUAAAGAAGAUGUUAUAAGUCUUGAGACAAUUUAGACAUGGAUUGUGUACAGUACCAGUCAAAAGCUUGGACACACUUACUCAUUCAAGGGUUUUUCUUUAUUUUUACUAUUUUCUACAUUGUGGAAUGAUAGUGAAGACAUCAAAAGGGGGGAGGGGGUGCAACUCAAUAUUAGGAAGGUGUUCUUAAUGUUUUGUACACUGUAUAUAACUAUGGUGUGAAACUUUAUUGUAAAUGUGACUUCUUAGAACCCAGGCACGGCACAGAAGCCGCCCCCUGAGGCCCAGAAUAAGUGGUCGGUGAGAAGGAGUCCUCCACAAGAAGAAGGUGGUUGUGACCCUCAUGAUGGGGGGGGGAGUGUGUCUGAAUUCAUUAAGAAGGUAUCUCAUCUGAUGCAGCAACACGCUCUCUUCUCUUUUAAUUUGCUCUCAUAUACAGUAAGAGUGAAUCCUAACACCCACCCAUACAUUCUUCACCCACUCCCCCCACAGCCUCCACCUCUGGUGCCCCGCCCCAGGAACAUCUGUAUGAGCACGCCUGAGGAAAGUGAGCCCCAGAGGAGAUGGCGCUACGGUCCCUCCUCUCCCUCAGACACAUCCGGCCCAGCGGUUGGUGGUGGCAGGGUAAGAGACUGUCCAUAAACAAAUGGAUUGGAUUCAACCAUUGACAACAUGGGACCUGGUCAAAAGAAGUGAACUAUAUAGGGGAUAGGGUGUCACUUGGGAUGCUAUUCCCUAUAUAGUGCACCACUUUUGACACAGCUAUUGACUUGCAUUCCUUACUAUUUAAACUGCAGUUUUAACUAUAGUAUGACUUACCUGACUUUAUCCUCUUGGCCCCCGGGGGAGCGUAGGGCGUCCACCAUGGCUCUCCACCACCUCACUCUCUUCUGAGGGACCUAUGGUGUGAAAUAUAUAUUGACUUGAAUUUCUUUCUAUUUGAACUGCAGUGGUAUACUAUGGUGUACACUGUAUAACUAUGGUGUGAAACUGUGUUAUUGUAAAUGUGACUUCUUAGAACCCAGGCACGGCACAGAAGCCGCCCCCUGAGGCCCAGAAUAAGUGGUCGGUGAGAAGGAGUCCUCCACAAGAAGAAGGUGGUUGUGACCCUCAGGAUGGGGGGGGGAGUGUGUCUGAAUUCAUUAAGAAGGUAUCUCAUCUGAUGCAGCAACACGCUCUCUUCUCUUUUAAUUUGCUCUCAUAUACAGUAAGAGUGAAUCCUAACUUUCACUUAUGUCUAAUUUUCUCUGUCUCCCAUUAACAUUGAACGUACAACUAAGUGGAAAUUCGUCUUGAGUGGAAGUUAGGAUUUGCAUCAAAGUGCACUGUUCUCUGAAAAUGACUUGAAUAUUAUUUUUCAGUUUGACGCUAAAGAGGACCAGAACAAGCAACUGGUGGUGCGUCCUCCUCCUGGCCCGCCUGUUGUCGUUGACAGAGAGUACUCCAAUCCCCCUCUCUAUGAAAAUGUUUUUGGAUAUGCAGGAAACUCGUAAGGUGAGAUAAACAGAGAAAACAGAUGUUUAAAACUAAGCUUAAAUCAAGUAAUCGUGUAUUGGUUGAGUACACAGUUUAGCAGACGUUAUAGCAUGUACAGCUAAAUGCUUAUGUUACUAGCUCUUAACAAUGCAGUAUGUCAGACAAGUAAACAAAUAAUUUAAAAAACAAUAUAUAAAAAAAUCAAGAAAUGUCUCCACGAAUCCAAUUAACAACCCAAAUAACACUGUAACAGUAAUCCAAAUGCAAUCUAUACGUAUGUACACCGGGAUAAUUUACACAAUAUACUAAGAAUGACAGAGUACAGCAGUAGAUAUAUUACAGUGAGCUAUGUCAAGAAUCCAGUAUAUAAUAAAUAUGUGGUGUGUAUAAACAGUGAAACUACAAUGCAAUGUACAGUAGUAGAAUAUUAAAAUGAGCUAUAUGGAGAAUACAGUAUUAAAGCUUAACACUCAUUUAUUACUAAUACUGUAAUACCUGGUUUUCUGAGCUGUACAUUGUUGUUCUUCCAGUUUGGGUCACCUGCUGUCGUUGACAGAGAGUCCUCCAAUCCCCCUCUCUAUGAAGAGGUUUUUGCUACGCAGGAAACUUGUACGGUGAGACAAGUAAAGGGAUCACAGUCAGCCAGCUACAAAUACUGUUUUAAUGUUUUUUCCCAUUAUAGUUCAAGGGCUGGUUUCCCCAACCUUGACUCAGGGGUCGAUGUAACAUAGUAAACAAAAAUCGAGGACACUCAAAUUAGUUUAUUGUUUGGUAUGGUACGUAUUAUUUUGUGAAUGUCCAUCAUCCACUUUGUAUGAUAUGUUACGAAUUACAAUUCGUACAAUAUGUUACAAAUUUGCAAUACUUUUAUAUGUUAUAGAUUCCAAUUUGUGGUGGCUAACGUUAGCUAGGCUAGGGGUAAAGGUUAGCUAACAUGCUAACUAGUUGCAAAGUAGCAAGUAGUUGAAAAGUUGUCCAUGAGACGAUUUGAACACAACUUUUGGGUUGCUAGACAUUCACUUUAUACACCAACCCAUCCAUCCUCCUUUAAUUUUUGCCAUAAGUAACCUUCUGUUUUAUGUAACCAUACCAAACGUUGCAUAUCAUAUACAUUUGAGUGUCCCUGAUUUUAGUUUACAAUGUUACGUCUAGUCUAUGAGACCAGUCUGGUUUCCCAGACACAGAUUAAGCCUAGCCCAUGACUAAAAAGCUACUUUUUUUAUAUUUAGCAUGCGCUCUUGUCCAGAGCAAUUUAAAGUAGUGAGUGCAUACAUUUUCUCUUCAUAUUGGUCCCCCAUUGGAAUCAAACCCACAACCCUGGCAUUGCAAGCGCCAUGCUCCCGAGUGGCGAGGGGUCUAAGGCACUGCAUCUCAGUGCUUGAGGCGUCACUACAGACCCCCUGGUUCGAUUCCAGGCUGUAUCACAACUGGCCGUGAUUGGGAGUCCCAUAGGGCGGCGCACAAUUGGCCCAGCGUCGUCCGGUGUAGGCCGCCAUUGUAAAUAAGAAUUUGUUCUUAACGGACUUGCCUAGUUAAAUAAAGGUAAAAUAAAUAAAAAAUAAGUUAAAUGCUCUACCAACUGAGCCACACAGGACCAUUCUCAAUAGAGAUUCUCUUUUGAAAUAGUUUUUAAUCCAGGACUAGGAUUGAUCUUAAUCUGGGAAACCGGCCCGAAGUGUCAUGCUUUAUUACAGGUCAAACCAAGUGUCCUGAAAAAAGUUUAUUGUAUUUUUCUAUUGUUUUAGGUCACAGUUCAACGACAGAUAUGUGCAACCUAUGCUGGCCGUGUAAGGCAACCUACUCCAUUGCCGUUGAAAUUAAAGCAGCCACUCCCUCUGCAAGGCAGAAUUAAAACACUCUCAAUAAGCAGCAUUAGUGAAGAGGAAAAAGAUGAACAAGAAGAUAACAUCAUCAAGGUAUUCCAAGUAUGACCGUGAACCUGGGGACAGAUCUAGGAUCAGCUUCCACUUCCCCAGUCCUAACUUUAACCAUUAGGGGGGGAAAUAUGCUAAACUGAUCCACGAUCAGCAUCUACUGGCAAAUUCACCAUACACCAUCAAACCUAGCCUGAACAGUGGUCAAAAGACAGGAAUGAAGCAGCAACCACUAGCAUCUCUUGGGGCUAUGUAAAACCAGAAACGGCUCAAAUAAGCUAUCGGACAUCAAUACAUUGUGUAUUAUAUUAGUUACAUACCAGUCAAAAGUUUGGACACACCUACUCAUUCAAGGGGUUUUCUUUAUUUUUAAUAUGUUCUACAUUGUAGAAUAGUGAAGACAUCAAAACAAUGAAAUAACACACAUGGAAUCAUGUAGUAACCAAAAGUGUUUUUAAACAAAUCAAAAUAUAUUUGAGAUUCGUCAAAGUAGCCACCCUUUGCCUUGAUGACAGCUUUGCACACUCUUGGCAUUCUCUCAACCAGCUUCAUGAGGUAGUCACCUGGAAUGCAUUUCAAUUAACAGGUGUGCCUUCUUAAAAGUUAAUUUCUGGAAUUUCUUUCCUCCUUAAUGCAUUUGAGCCAAUCAGUUGUGUUGUGACAAGGUAGGGGUGGUAUACAGAAUAUAGCCCUAUUUAGUAAAUGACCAAGUCCAUAUUAUGGUAAGAACAACUCAAAUAAGCAAAGAGAAACGACAGUCCAUCAUUACUUGAAGACAUGAAGGUCAGUCAAUACGGAACAUUUCAAGAACUUUUAAAGUUUCUUCAAGUGCAGUCGCAAAAACCAUCAAGCGCUAUGAUGGAACUGGCUCUCAUGAGGACCACCACAGGAAAGGAAGACCCAGAGUUACCUCUGCUGCAGAGGAUAAGUUCAUUAUAGUUACCAGCCUCAGAUUGCAGCCCAAAUAAAUGCUUCACAGAGUUCAAGUAACAGACACAUCUCAACAUCAACUGUUCAGAGGAGACUGCAUGAAUCAGGCCUUCAUGGUCGAAUUGCUUCAAAGAAACCACUACUAAAAGACACCAAUAAUAAGAAGAGACUUGCUUGGACCAAGAAACACAAGCAAUGGACAUUAGACCGGUGGAAAUGCGUCCUUUGGUCUGGAGUCCAAAUUUGAGAUUUUUGGUUCCAACCUCAGUGUCUUUGUGAGUAGGUGAAUGGAUGAUCUCUGCAUGUGUGGUUCCCACCGUGAAGCAUGGAGGAGGAGGAGGUGUGAUCGUGUGGGGGUGCUUUGCUGGUUACACUGUUGGUGAUUUAUUUAGAAUUCAAGGCACACUUAACCAGCAUGGCUACCAAAGCAUUCUGCUGCAAUACGCCAUCCCAUCUGGUUUGGGCUUAGUGGGACUAUCAUUUGUUGUUCAACAGGACAAUGACCCAACACACCUCCAGGCUGUGUAAGUGCUAUUUGACCAAGAAGGAGAGUGAUGGAGUGCUGCUUCAGAUGACCUGGCCUCCACAAUCACCUGACCUCAACCCAAUUGAGAUGGUUUGGGAUGAGUUGGACCGCAGAGUGAAGGAAAAGCAGCCAACAAGUGCUCAGCAUAUGUGGGAACUCCUUCAAGACUGUUGGAAAAGCAUUCCAGGUGAAGCUGGUUGAGAGAAUGCCAAGAGCGUGCAAAGCUGUCAUCAAGGCAAAGGGUGGCUACUAUGAAGAAUCUAACAUAUAAAAUAUGAUUUGAUUUGUUUAACACGUUUUUGGUUAUUACAUGAUUCCAUACGUGUUAUUUCAUAGUUUUGAUGUCUUCACUGUUAUUCUACUAUGUAGAAAAUGAGUAGGUGUGUCUAAACUUUUGACUGGUACUGUACAUGUGGGUUUAUGUUACAUUGAGAACCUCCAAAGAAUCAUCACUAAUGACAAUUUGACCACAACCAUUUGUCAAAUUCACACCAUUUCACUCUGGCAUUUGAUUCUUCCAUCAGGAUGCAGAUCGUCUGAUGGAAUGGUGGGAGAAGGUGAAAAGUGAACGUGAGCAUCACAGCUUCAAAAUGUACUUAAUAAUUUCGAACAUAGUUUAGGUGUUUUAACUUUAAUAUUGUCCUCUGUUGCAUUUUAGCAUGGAAAGAUCUGGCAAAUGACCCUAAACUGGCCAAGAAGGGAGAAGCAAAGUAAGUUCUUCAGUUUAGACCCAGCUAACAAACUUUAGUGUACAUUUAUUUUAAUAUUCUGUCACUAACCACCCUCCAUAUUGAUGACCUACAGUGUGGGGAAAAAAGUAUUUAGUCAGCCACCAAUUGUGCAAGUUCUCCCACUUAAAAAGAUGAGAGAGGCCUGUAAUUUUCAUCAUAGGUACAUGUCAACUAUGACAGACAAAUUGGGAUUUUUUUUCCAGAAAAUCACAUAGUAGGAUUUUUAAUGAAUUUAUUUGCAAAUUAUGGUGGAAAAUAAGUAUUUGGUCACCUACAAACAAGCAAGAUUUCUGGCUCUCACAGACCUGUAACUUCUUCUUUAAGAUGCUCCUCUGUCCUCCACUCGUUACCUGUAUUAAUGGCACCUGUUUGAACUUGUUAUCAGUAUAAAAGACACCUGUCCACAACCUCAAACAGUCACACUCCAAACUCCACUAUGGCCAAGACCAAAGAGCUGUCAAAGGACACCAGAAACAAAAUUGUAGACCUGCACCAGGCUGGGAAGACUGAAUCUGCAAUAGGUAAGCAGCUUGGUUUGAAGAAAUCAACUGUGGGAGCAGUUAUUAGGAAAUGGAAGACAUACAAGACCACUGAUAAUCUCCCUCGAUCUGGGGCUCCACGCAAGAUCUCACCCCGUGGGGUCAAAAUGAUCACAAGAACGGUCAGCAAAAAUCCCAGAACCACACGGGGGGACCUAGUGAAUGACCUGCAGAGAGCUGGGACCAAAGUAACAAAGCCUACCAUCAGUAACACACUACGCCGCCAGGGACUCAAAUCCUGCAGUGCAAGACAUGUCCCCUUGCUUAAGUCAGUACAUGUCCAGGCCCGUCUGAAGUUUGCUAGAGUGCAUUUGGAUGAUCCAGAAGAGGAUUGGGAGAAUGUCAUAUGGUCAGAUGAAACCAAAAUAGAACUUUUUGGUAAAAACUCAACUCGUCCUGUUUGGAGGACAAAGAAUGCUGAGUUGCAUCCAAAGAACACCAUACCUACUGUGAAGCAUGGGGGUGGAAACAUCAUGCUUUGGGGCUGUUUUUCUGCAAAGGGACCAGGACGACUGAUCCGUGUAAAGGAAAGAAUGAAUGGGGCCAUGUAUCGUGAGAUUUUGAGUGAAAACCUCCUUCCAUCAGCAAGGGCAUUGAAGAUGAAACGUGGCUGGGUCUUUCAGCAUGACAAUGAUCCCAAACACACCGCCCGGGCAACGAAGGAGUGGCUUCGUAAGAAGCAUUUCAAGGUCCUGGAGUGGCCUAGCCAGUCUCCAGAUCUCAACCCCAUAGAAAAUCUUUGGAGGGAGUUGAAAGUCUGUGUUACCCAGCGACAGCCCCAAAACGUCACUGCUCUAGAGGAGAUCUGCAUGGAGGAAUGGGCCAAAAUACCAGCGACAGUGUGUGAAAACCUUGUGAAGACUUACAGAAAACGUUUGACCUGUGUCAUUGCCAACAAAGGGUAUAUAACAAAGUAUUGAAAAACUUUUGUUAUUGACCAAUACUUAUUUUCCACCAUAAUUUGCAAAUAAUUCAUAAAAAAAUCCUACAAUGUGAUUUUCUGGAUUUUUUUUUCUCAUUUUGUCUGUCAUAUUGACGUGUACCUAUGAUGAAAUUACAGGCCUCUCUCAUUUUUUUAAGUGGGAGAACUUGCACAUUGGUGGCUGACUAAAUACUUUUUUCCUCCACUGUAUCUAGACUGUUCAAAGUGAAAGCCCAGCGGAUCCAGAAUGCGUUGCAGCUGUACAACUUCCUCCUGACUAAGCAUGGGGAGACUCUAAAGAACCACAUCAUUGACCUCAUCAGCAUCGCAGACAACUUAGACAAGGUAGCACUAUAGCCUACUGUACAGACAACUUAGACAUGGUAGCACUAUAGACUACUGUACAGACAACUUAGACAUGGUAGGAGCACUAUAGACUACUACUGUACACACUUGUAAUGCCUGUGACUAAUAUCAAUUACCCCCCCAGCAGAUUUUAUAAGUACAAUUCUACAAUUACAUUAGAUUACAUUUAAUUCUAUUCAAUUCAACAAUUUCAUUAUAUCCAAGGUUUCCAAGGGAACCAAGAUCGCUGGCAUCACUGGGGGCGCCACGGGGGCGGUUGGAGGGGUGGCGGCUGUGGCAGGGGUGAUCCUCGCCCCCUUCACCCUAGGGGCAUCACUGGCCUUGACAGUGGUCGGAGUCGGUGUAGCUGCAGCUGGAGGGGUCACAGGGGCCUCUGCGGCUAUCGCUAACAAAGUGAGCUGUUAGAAUCCAAUUAUAGAGCAUUUGAAGAACAAAGGAUGUUAGCACACUUAACAUAUUAAUAUGGUCAUUCAUCCUUGAUUGGACAGACACCAGGAAUUUCACUUGGCCUGGGAAAUGGCCUUGGAGCCAAGUUAGUUUCCCAAGAAACUCAUUCAGAUUAAUUAACUGUAGGUGUUCCAUUCGGAACUUAGAUACUUCAAAAGAAUAUUGAGAAGUACUGUGUAUAACAUCACUGUCCAACUCCUCUUCGUUCCAGGAAGUAAAUUCUUCAUAUCACUCUUAGGUGAGCAGUGCACAGGACAGGAAGAAGAUUGAGCUGAUCCUCCAGGACUACCGGGCCCUGAUGGGCAACAUUGAAGCCUGCUUGAGGUUCAUCAACGUGGGCAUGGAGCACCUGAGGAAGCACAACCUCUCAACCCUCCAGGGGGUUGACACGGAGGCCGUAAGAGUGGCCAGGUAUGAUAUUAAAUCAUAUACUGUAUUUACUCUUGUCUGGAAAUAUAUGAACGUUAUGUUUUUAAUAUCUUUGUUUUUAAACCUAAACCUUGACCUUAACCAGCGUGGCCAUAGUGACAGGAGUGGGUAGCUCCAGUGCCAUAGAGGCCAGCAGUAAGGCAUCGGGGAUGCUCCAAGGCUUCGCUCUGGGCAUGGAUAUCUAUUUUACCCAGAAGAAGGAUGGCAAAGGUGACCAGAAGCUGAAGAAGGGAUUGGAGUCCAAGUUUGGGAAAAAGAUACGCGAAGUGGCUCAGCAGCUGAAAGAAGGGCUGGAUGAAGUUUUCAAGGUCAAAUAUGAGCUACUUGAAAAGAAUCUCAUCCUCUGAAGAGGGGGAGGAGUUCUGUUCUGUUUUCUAUUCAGUUCUAUCCUAUUCGGUUCUAUCCUAUCCUGAUCCAAGACCAGCUUGACCGCUGAGCUCUCGCUCUGUUUCCUUUCCUAUCCUAUAUUCUACUGUAUGUUCAGGUCUUCUGCAAAUAAGUAGGCAUGAUGAGGGGAUGGAUUGUGAAUCGUGAUCAUCAUCAUGUGUGACAUGUUAUGAUAUAACAGCAGCACUCUUGAUGGCUUCUUUUCCAGAUUUUGCUAUUUUUAUCAUAACUUUUACAAAUGCUCUGUGUAAAUAUGCUAAUAGAAUUUCAGUUACUACUGAUCUAAUUUGGGGCAUAAACAAGUGACUGUUUCAAAUUACGUAUUUUCUAUAAACUGAGUGU